UCUUUGAUGAUUAUGCUAGAUAGUACGAGAUCAACACUUGCACCCUCACAAAUUGGCAGUUCUAGCUAUCAUCUGCCGAAUAGGGUGGCAAUUUCCAACUUUGCCUACGCUGUAGCAAGACCUCAUACGUCACGCAAACCCAAGCGGGCUGUCUGGAUUGCACCAGAAGUCUGGGCAAGCACAACGGAAACUCUAUAUAACAAGAAAGCAGAUGUAUGGAGCCUGGCCGUCUCUUAGCUGAGGGCGUUUGUGUACCCGCCGGACUAUGCUGAAAUAGAUCAGCCAGGGUAUAGGAGACUUCUCAAAACGGUGAAUGAUAUCUACCAGAAGGCAAAGAUUACAGAGCCUUUUCGCAAUCUGUUACUGCGGAUGUUGGCAUGGGAUCCGGAUUAUCGACCAGAUAUUGGAGAAGCUC